CCGCAGCUGAAUUCUGGCGCAGGCUACGCUGAUUCUCGAACGCGCUCCGCUGCGCCUGCGUAGAAACGGCUGCGUAGAAACCAACAACAAACAUGGCGGACGAUCACACAGAGGGAGAGAGCAUGGAGGGACACACUCCCGUUGCAGAAAACCCUCACGCAGAAUAUGGCCUCACAGAAAACAUCCAGAGAAUAGUGGACAGUGAGAAAACCAACGCAGACAAAUCCACCAAACAGAAGGUGGAUCUACAGACCCUACAGACCCUCCCCACGCGAGCGUAUCUGGAUCAGACGGUGGUGCCAAUUCUUCUGCAGGGACUGUCUGUGCUGGCUAAGGAACGGCCUCCAAAUCCCAUUGAGUUUUUAGCGACGUUCCUCCUGAAGAACAAAUCGCAGUUUGAGGAUCGGAAUUAAGAUCAGGACAGAAUCGGCACAGCGGCCCCAAUCAUGGCAGUGCGAGAUCUUCUUCGUCUCCAGUAGAAACUUAAUGGUGUCUCACUUAUUUACCUGUUUGCAAUGUGCUAGAACUUAUUUUUUGUUUGUUUUUUUGUUUUGUUUUUUAAACACAAAUAAAAAUGUUUCAACAGA